GUGGAAGAGGAGGGUGUAAGCGCAACCGAUGAACGCGAGGGGGCUGAGGGUGAGGAAGAGGAACAAGAACAUGAUGAAAGCAGCGAGGAGUCUUCAUCAGAGGAGUCAGGUGCCGAAGAUGAUGGCGCAGAGGACGGAGGACCGGAAGAUGAAGAGGAGGAAGACGAAGCUGCUGCAGCUUUGCCAAUCUCCAAGGAGCAACAAGAAGCAGAGGAAGAAGAUCUUGGAAAGACGAGAGAUGAUGUAAUGGCCACUCAGUUUGAAGAGAGACAAAGUUUACAAGACAAUAGCAUGGUGGAUUCUCCACAGAAUUGUGUCAAGUUAGAGUUGUCAGCAAGUGAAUCAAAGCCUUUUUCAAGUUUUGGCAGCGGGGAAGAAGACGGUGAAGAAUCGUUUGACGACUCUGAUGCUAGGAGAAAACUGGAAGAAUACCAGGGAAGUACAGCGGCUGCUGCAUCCGCCAACAGAGAUGGAGAAAACAGUAGAGACGGGCUCAGUGACAGUGACGAUAGCGGUGCACCACAGCAUGAACAGCAGCAGGCCGUGGAAGCAGCAGCUGAAGGUGCUGUCGCUGCCGCUGCUUCGGGAAUGUCUGCUUAUUUACAGAAUGGACAGAUCACUAACGGUCAAGACGAUAGUGAAGUCUCCAUAGAUGACCUUCCAACCAAGCUUACUGGAUUGACAGAGGUGAUCCCGAGGCCUUGCGCGAGCCAGAAUCAUCCAAGAGGUCAUUAAAUGGUUUACACGGGGAUGUGGACAAAUGAGCUGCUCUUCACUAUUAACGACUGAGGAGCCGAUGGUGAACUCUCGCUUUAGAAUUUUUUUUUUUUUUUCGCAUUUCAAAGUUGAAUUUCGAAUUUGAAAACUGUGUCGAGGUUUUCCUGAGGGGUUUCUUGACCAUAACGCAAAAAAAGGGGGAAAAGAUAGAUAGCAGUGUUGAUACGCAUUAACUGCAUUAGGUUAAGGAUAUCUCCUUUGGAAAAGAAAAACAAAAAAUUUUAAUUACAAGAUCAUUGCGUUCUCCAGUCCAAGCCUCGAAGUGAUUCUACAUCCCACACGUUACAGCAGCCAUGAUUGAAAGCAGUUUUUACACUUUUGCAUUUGUUUUUCCGUCCGCUAUAAACUACACUUCCAAGGAUAAUACUGUAUGAGCGUAAACUUGGUCGACUAAAUUCGUUUUACCGUAACCAUAAAAGAAGACUUUUAUGACUAAAAGCGUUCAAGACAUCUAAGGUGUUUUUGACCAAAUGCGCUUUCUGAGCGCGUCAUCGAAGUUAAGUUAUUUAGAGUGAGGUUGUCUUCUAUAAUCCUCAACGGUUGUGUGUGAUUUUGAUGUUAGGAAGGUAAUUAAUUGAAAAUUAUAUCUGUGCUAGAUUUUUCCACCAGUAGGAUUUUUACCGGCAUAAUUUAUACAAGCCUGAUGUGACGAGGUAGUUUGCCAGUCUUGCUGGAUUUGAGUGGUAGUUAUUUAUUCCUUGUUAUUAAAUUUGUUCUGCAGUAAUAGUUUAUUGUGAUUA